AUGACUGGUUCAUUAUUAUUUUCUCAACAAGAAGACACUCCAAUAAACGUACUUCCUAAAUCACAGAAUCUCUAUAAAUCUCUCAUUAUGUGGUGGCCACGAGGAUGGCAAUAUCAAUCUUGA